AUGGCUGAAAAACAAGCAAACUUACAAGAGUCAAAGGUUGUUGCAAAAAUUUGUGGAUUAAAGGCAGAGCAACGUUUAACAAUCGUUAUUGUCACAACAAAACAAGUGAAACAAUAUGCACUAUCUACAACUUCCAAUGUUCAUACAGAGCAG